AUGUCAAAUAACGAAUAUUACUCAUCAGGAGAUCAAGGUACUUAUAACAAACCAAAUGAAAGAUUAGAAUCCAAUCAAAGAUCAACUUCAAAUCAACAAGGUGGUGAACAAGGUGAAAGAGGAAUGUUAGGUUCAAUUGCAUCAUCAAUGCUUAGCGGAGGUAAUAAUAACCAAAGUCAUGGUUCCGGUGGAGCUUUAGGAGCAAUUGCAGGAUCUUUAUUGGGUGGAGGAUCAUCAAAUCAUGGAUCGAAUAAUUAUGGACAAAAUCAACAAGGGAAUCAACAAGGUGGUAUGUUAAACAAAGUUGAAGGUUUAGUUUCAAAUUAUUUAUCAGGAGAUAAAAAACAUGGACAAGGUCAAGGACAAUAUACUCAACAAGGACAAGGAAAUUAUGGUUCACAAGGUAGAUAUAAUGAUUAUUCAUCAUCACAAGAACAAAGAUAUGAUAAUAUAAAUAGUGGUAGAAAUGAUUAUGGUGGAAAUAAUUAUGGUGGAAGAAAUGAUAAUUAUGGAGAUAGAAUGGAUAACUACGGAGGAGGAAGAAAUGACAAUUACGGUGGUGGUAGAAAUGAUAAUUAUGGUGGUGGAAGAAACGAAAACUUUGGAGGUAGAAACGAUGAUUAUGGUCAACAAGGUGCAGGAUUUGGUUCAUCACACCAUAAACAUCAUGAAAACAGUCAUAAUUCAAAUUGGAAUACUAAUGUAGGUCAAAGAAUGGAAAAUGAUACAAAUCAAGGAAGAUAUGGUAAUGAUGGACCAGGUAAUUUUGGUUAUGCUGGAGGAAAUCAAGAUAGUUAUGGUGAUCGUAUGGAAAAUAGAGGAAAUUAUGGUGGUCAAAGUUAUUCUACUGAUUAUGGAAAUAGAAUGGAAGGUGGUAGAGGUGGUGAUCGUUAUUAA